AAAGUAACUCAAGAUCUUGAAAGAGAAAAAACAAACUUACUUCAAGAAACGAAAGAAAACAGAGACAACAAAAACAAAACAACUGAAGAAAAAAUAUGUGAUUCUUUGCAUAAUAAUUUAGAUGUAACCAAAACAACAAAUACACGUGUCAUGUCAACUAAUGAACCUCAUAUGGAAACUCUUACAAAUGCUCCGAAAGAAAAUGCUACAUCAGCAUCAGCCUCCUCCUCUUCGCAAAAGAUGAGUAUAGAUAGAACUUCAAAAGAUAAAACUAUAGAAGAUCAAAAAGAAGCCCCGACAGCUAGUAGAAAUAAUGAUAAUGUGACUGUUGAAACAGAGGAAGUAGAGCCUAUAGCUUCAACUUCUAUGAAUACAAAUCCUUACCUAUGA